AUGGAGGACUCAAUGAACCAGUUGCAGCCCCUCAAUGAGAAGCAGAUAACCAAUUCUGAAGAUGGAUAUGUAUGGCAAGUCACUGAUUUGAAUCGCCUCCACCGCUUCUUGUGUUUCGGUUCUGAGGGUGGGACUUACUAUAUCAAAGAACAGAAGUUGGGCCUUGAAAAUGCCGAAGCUUUGAUUAGAUUGAUUGAAGAUGGCAGAGGGUGUGAAGUGAUCCAGGAAAUCAAGUCGUUCAGUCAGGAAGGCAGAACCGCCAAGCAGGAGCCCAUGCUCUUUGCGCUGGCCAUCUGUUCCCAGUGCUCCGACAUCAGCACCAAGCAGGCGGCGUUUAAAGCCGUGGCCGAAGUUUGCCGCAUUCCCACACACCUCUUCACGUUCAUCCAGUUUAAGAAAGAUCUGAGGGCGAGCAUGAAGUGUGGCAUGUGGGGCCGUGCCCUCCGGAAGGCCAUCGCAGACUGGUACAACGGCAAAGGCGGCAUGGCCCUCGCCCUGGCUGUGACCAAGUACAAACAGAGAAACGGCUGGUCUCACAAAGAUCUGUUGAGAUUGUCACAUCUUAAACCCUCCAGUGAAGGACUUGCUAUUGUGACCAAAUACAUUACAAAGGGCUGGAAAGAGGUCCAGGAGUUGUAUAAAGAAAAAGCACUUUCUGCGGAGACUGAAAAGUUAUUAAAGUAUCUGGAGGCCGUGGAGAAGGUGAAGCGCACGAAAGAUGAGCUGGAAGUCAUUCACCUGAUAGAAGAGCACAGGUUGGUUAGGGAACAGCUUCUGACAAAUCACUUAAAGUCUAGAGAGGUAUGGAAGGCUUUGUUACAAGAAAUGCCUCUAACUGCAUUACUACGGAAUCUAGGAAAGAUGACUGCUAACUCGGUGCUUGAACCAGGAAAUUCAGAAGUAUCUUUAGUAUGUGAAAAACUGUGUAAUGAGAAACUAUUAAAAAAGGCUCGUGUGCAUCCGUUUCAUGUUUUAGUCGCGUUGGAGACUUACAAAACAGGGCACGGGCUCAGAGGGAAACUGAAGUGGCGUCCCGACGAAGACAUUUUAAAAGCUUUGGAUGCCGCUUUCUACAAAACAUUUAAGACAGUUGAGCCAACCGGAAAGCGUCUCUUGCUGGCUGUUGACGUCAGCGCUUCUAUGAGCCAGAGAGUUUUGGGCAGUGUCCUCAGUGCCAGCACUGUGGCCGCUGCGAUGUGCAUGGUUGUCUCGCGAACAGAAAAAGACUCCCACAUCGUUGCUUUUGCAGAUGAGAUGGUACGAUGCACAGUAACUACAGACAUGAGUUUACAACAGGUUUUAAUGGCUAUGGAUCAGAUUCCAGCAGGUGAAACUGAUUGCUCUCUUCCAAUGAUCUGGGCACAAAAGACAAAUACAGCUGCUGAUGUCUUCAUUGUGUUCACGGAUAAUGAGACCUUUGCUGGAAGUGUCCACCCUGCUGUUGCUCUGAGACAGUAUCGGAAGAAAAUGAACAUUCCAGCCAAGUUGAUUGUUUGUGGGAUGACGUCAAAUGGCUUCACCAUCGCAGACCCAGAGGACAGAGCGCUGGUGGGCCCUGUAACAUAG